AUAAAUGGAAUCUUCUAUGCAUAUUCAUUGUUCUAUGCGAUAUAUAAUGGUAAUUUUUGCAAAUACAUCUGCACAAUUUUGUAACGUUUAAAAUACAAUGAUUUAUUUUAAACUUUUGCUUCUUUCAUUUGCGGCUGGCUUAGUUUCAGCACAAUUAACUUGCACAACUGAUGGACCAAAAGCUGUUUUUUAUCAAGUAACUGCCACCGAGAAACAAUUAAUUACAAACGGCUCUACUUUAAACUCUGAUCCUGAUUCUACAACUUAUUUCGUGAUUCAUGGGUGGAAUGAAGACUCAACACACGCUGAAUAUUUACGUAUUGCUCAGGAUCUAAUUGAAGAAACUCAAGGAAAUGCAAUUCUCGUUGAUUAUAAGCAACUUGCUGCUCGAUUUUACGGCACUUGUGCUUGGUCAAUCGUUCAACAAGUUGGUGAUGUUAUUACUGCCUUCAUUGCAAAUGAAACCACUGCUGGAACAAUGCAUCCCAGUCGAAUUCAUAUAAUUGGUCAUUCGUUGGGAGGGCAGGUUUCGGGAUAUGUUGGACGCGAAGUGAAAGCAAAAACAAACACAACAAUUAAACGGAUAAGUGCAUUGGAUCCUGCAGGACCUUUGUUUUCACUUGUUGUUGUACCAAUACCAUAUGUUAGCUUGUCAGCUAGCGAUGCUGACGUUGUGGAUGUAUUACAUACUUCGAUAUUAUUUGGAACGGUUGAACGUAUUGGCACUGUUGAUUUUUAUGCUAGAGGAAUAUUGGGUUUGCCAACAUUGCACAUCGCAUGUUACUUUAAUACAAACAUAUUCUGCAAUCAUUGGUUGAGUAAAACUCUGUUCAGGGAGUCAAUUACUUCAUGUGCUAUAGUUGGAUCGAAUAUUCUCAAUUCGCGUGAUAAGGUUGUAUACGGUUUUCAUAUGCCUUUAAAUGCGACAGGCACGUAUGAAUUUUCUAUGAAUACAAAGGAACCUUAUGGAAAAGGCGUGAAGGAAUGUUAAUUAAAUGUAAUUUGGUGCUAUUUAAUAAAUGAAUUGCAUAUA